AUGCGAUUUGCCAGCAUUGUUGUAGGCAUAGCCAGUGUCCUGGGACACCUGGCCACUCCUUCGCCUGCCAAAGAACUUGCCGCACGCUCCCCUGCAGCAGCGAAUUCCUACCUGGUCAAAGAGGGACUGUUCGCCUACGAGAGCAUUCUCGCAGCUCUUGGGAACACUGGCAGCAAUGCUCCUGGCACAGCGGCCGGAUUACUCAUUGCAAGCCCUACUACACAGAACCCUGAUUACUUUUUUACGUGGACUCGUGAUGCGGCAUUGACUUUCAAGGGACUUGUCGAUAUCUUCAUUGCGGGCAACACAUUCAUCGGUGUCAAUUUCGACGCCCUUGAAACCCACAUCCAGGACUACAUCUCUUCCCAGGCAGUUUUGCAGAACGUGUCCAACCCAUCUGGCAGACUUUCUGACGGGUCUGGACUCGGCGAGCCCAAAUUCGAGGUCAAUUUCAACCCAUACUCCGGCGGAUGGGGCCGUCCCCAGCGCGAUGGUCCUGCUCUUCGCGCCAUUGCCAUGUUGACCUAUAUGCGCCACCUAAUCCAGCAAGGAAAGCAGUCUGUGGCUUCCAACCUGAUCUGGCCCGUUGUUGCCAACGAUCUCACCUAUGUCGCUCAGUACUGGAAUCACACCGGAUUCGAUCUCUGGGAAGAAGUCGAUGGCUCUUCCUUCUUUACGACUGCCGUUCAGCACCGAGCGAUGGUUGAAGGCAGUGUGAUAGCUAAAGCUCUUGGGAAGCCCCAUGCUGCGUACGACGCGGUUGCUCCAGAGAUCCUUUGUUUCCUGCAGAGCUACUGGAACGGAAGCGCCAUUGUCUCGAACAUUAAUGUCAAUAAUGGCCGGUCGGGCAUCGAUCUCAACUCAGUCCUGACCAGCAUUCAUACCUUUGACCCUGCGGCUGGUUGCGAUGAUUCGACCUUCCAACCCUGUUCGUCUAAAGCUUUGGCAAAUCAUAAGGUCUAUGUCGAUUCUUUCCGUUCUAUCUACGGUAUCAACGCUGGUCUUGGUCCUGGAAAGGCUGCAAAUGUAGGCCGUUACCCUGAGGAUGUUUACCAGGGAGGAAACCCAUGGUACCUUGCAACCCUUGCGGCAGCAGAGCAGUUGUAUGAUGCCCUCUAUCAGUGGAAAAAGCAAGGUUAUCUGACCAUCACGCAAACCUCGCUCGCCUUCUUCCGUGACUUCUCAUCCACCGUCGAGCCAGGAACUUACAAGUCGAAUACCCCAACCUACAAAUCCCUGACUGAGUAUAUCCGCACCUACGCUGAUAACUUCUUCUUCCUUGUUGAGCAAUACACCCCAAGCAACGGCUCCUUAGCUGAGCAGUAUGACCGCAACACCGGCGUCCCUCUGUCGGCCAACGAUCUCACCUGGUCCUAUGCAGCCUUCCUCUCCACCCUUCAGCGCCGCCUCAACAUCAUGCCUGGCUCCUGGGGCUUCUCGUCUGCGAAUACUGUUCCCACUACCUGCAGCACGACCACCAUGAUGGGCACAUACAGCGCUGUGGCGCCUCCCUUUCCGACCUCCACCGCUCAUUGCGUUGCCGCUGUGACCGUUCCUGUUACCUUUUGGUUGAUCGAGGACACCUACUAUGGCGAGAAUGUGUACAUGACCGGUAAUGUCAGCGCUCUCGGCGACUGGAACGCGAGCGCUGGCUACAGUCUGAACGCCGGUCUCUACACCUCGAAUGAGAAUCUUUGGUUCGCAACUGUCAAGGGAUUCGAGCCGGGUGUUACCAUUGAGUACAAGUUCUACAAGAUCGAGCCGGAUAACUCCGUGACUUUUGAGGGGGGGAAGAACAGGGUGUAUACAGUUCCUACGGGAUGUCCUGUGGCGCCUCAGGUCCAUGCUGUUUGGCAGACUUGA